AUACAGUUAUAUCCUAAAACAGUAAAAAUAUAAACACCCCUAGGUCCAGAAUUUAAUAAUAUUAGUGUUUGUUACUUUAGCAAGAUCCAUCAACUGCAACUACCAGACACUCAAAUCUCAACUAUCAAAUUCAUGGACGUACUGAUAUUUGAUUAUGAAUGUAUAUGUAAUUUGAGACGUUUUUUAUAAUCUAUUCAUACCGCUCGCUAUGUAGCUGGAUACACAUAAACAUAUCAGCGCUUUUGAGUGGCGAUUCGAACCCUAAAAUAAGUAUUACAGAAUAACCACAGGGAGAUUCGUGAGUAAAUAAAGAUUUAUCUCCCGUGUUCAGUGGCGCGUUGAGUUGUGUGUGAGGGGUGUUCUCUUAGCUUCAGUUGCCAGACACAUCUGUGGACUUAAAGCCUAACCCGCAAGUCAUGAGUGAGACAGUCUUCUAUCAACCCGGGAUGUCCCUGGGUAGGACCUUUGAUCUGCGGACCUACGGGAACGGUCUGGAUAUUUUCCCCGAUGACUUGGUUGACGAUCCCAAAAUCAUAGAAAGACAUCACAAUGUCAUCAAGUACAAAGUCAUAAAGAACAGUCAGGAUGUCAACAAUAUAUUGGACCUUUCUGGAGAAGUGGCUCUCAAGAUCAAAGCUGGUAUCUUGAACAUUGAGGGAAUGGGAUCAUAUCUAAAGGAGGAUAAAUUCAAAGACGAAUGCACAGAAAUAUUCGUGAGAGCACAUGUUGAAACUCUUACUGAGACUCUAACAGACUUAAGCCCAAGACACGCCUGGCGAGAACGCCUUAUUGGCAGUCAUUUUAUACGAAGUAUCACGUAUGGUGGGGACUUGCUGGUGAGAAUCCGUAUCAAGGGUUCAGACAGAGCCAAGAUUGAAGAGAUCGAGUCAAAGUUCAAGGCAGAUAUUUGGGGAUUUAAGCUUGCCGAGGCCAAGGUUAAAUUGGAUAAGAACAGUAGGGAUAUUCAAGAUGAUAUUGAAACGGAGAUCGAAUAUCUUUCGACAAGCGUGGACUGCGAGAUGCCUAGGGAUAUGGAAGGACUGCUGAGAGUUUUGAAAUCAUUCAAGGGAGAAAUGUUGAAAAUAAACAACGGAAAGGGUGUGCCGUGUAAGUGUGAACUUCUUCCUCUAAGUGUCCUUGACUCAACGAUCCCUACUCAAACAAAGGACAAAAGUCUUGACAUGCUCCUGGUGCAAGUUGAUGAGAAAUUUGAUGACAUGCGUUUUGCGAAAAAGCAGCUUGAGAAGUUUGUCGAGAACCCGAGUCUUGAAUUAACUGAAUUACUGUCUGAAGAAUACAAGGAGCUUGAAGGUCGCAUUGAUGAUGUUUUGGACGAAUUUCACCAUGUUAUCGGCAGAUUGGACAUGACAGAGUCGGGAGAUGGGCCAAGUCAGUUUACCCACAUUUUGUCUGUAUAUAAGGAAAAGAAGAAGAUUGGUGGGUUUCAAAAGGAAGUGACUGUGUUUAUCAAGCGACACAGGCCUGAAGAAAGCACAGAGUGUCCUCAGCCCUCCGAGGAAUGUCGUGAAACACCCCCUUGUGCAUCUUCUGACACAUGCAAGGAAUCCCCGACUGACCAUGAGACUGGCCUCAGCAUAUUAGCUCUAGAGAAAGGUGGAUCUAGUGAGGCGUGUGUAUUGGAACAGGUCUUAUUUCAAGAAACCAAUCAGGAACACGUCGCUGGAGUACAUGUGUCCAGGACUGUUCGUGGGGACAUGACGUUAGUGAAAUCAUCGUGUUUAUUUGCCCAAUCGCUACCAGGGCAAUGCUUGAGUGAUAUCGGUACCUCCAUUGCCUACGCCCCUCUUGGAUUCCAUGCCAUCGUUUUUGUUAUAUACAUCGACAAAAAUAUGCACAAACAGGACCGCAAUACGCUGAAACUUCUGAGGAGUGUCCUUGGAAGUAACACGAUCAAGAAUUACGCUGCUGUUGCCCUGAUUCAUGAUGACGUUUUUGAAGCACGUUCGGAACUGUCAUUUUCUAAUUCCAUCGAGACUGCAAAAGCACAGGAUGACACCUUGGCGCAUCUCCUUGAUGAAUGUAACAACAGAUGUGUAUUCAUUAAUCUGAAAGAUUUGGCAUCAUCUGGGGAGCUGCAGAUAGUGCAGAGGGAUCUCCUACAGGUGAUCGAGAAGGUCGUAGUGAAAACUCGCCGCACCACGUUGACCAACGACUAUUUUGUUCUCAGCAAGAGGUUGAUGGCUGAAGAGGAAGAAGACGACAACCUUGCAUUGGCUUUAAAUGACUCGCUCGGGAAGGAAAGUGAAACGGUGACUCAUUUACAGUCUAGGGAAGAACGAGUGGGUGCCAAACUGGCAAAGCUUUUUGAAACUUGAUACGACUUUUGAUUUAUAUGUUUGUUUGUUAAACGCCGGACCAGACAAACUGAUGAUUCAUAUCAUGAACAACGUUUCAACGUCAUCCGUGUGCGAUGAUACAAGAUAAGAAAUGUUACCGAGCUUGACCACCCGAUCCAUUUAAUCGCCUCGUACAACACACAUAGGUUUCUCUGUCUAGCCCACCCCACGGAGGCCAUUUGAACUGACAUGAAUUGCAAUUGUAUUAAAGAUUAUUGGAGUUAGAGUAGCCAAGGUAUUAGUAUUGUUAUCAGAAUGUUUUACUUGUAGGACAGUACUGACAUGCUGCAAAUAUGUGAUAUAGAUUUUAAUGUGAUAUCAGUGUCCCUGGUGUCCUAAUCUGGUGUUUAUGUGAAUGGCUGCCUUUUGUGAAUAUUACAGUUGUUUUACAGUAAUGUUUAAAUUGUUUAUUUACAUGAUGAACUGGUACAAGAAUUAUGAUGUACAUUUCUUUUGUAUCUACCACUUAUUUAGGUAAUUAAUUGAUCAUCCUUGCAAGAAAACAGUUGAACCUAGUAUAGGAUUAUUAUGGUGUGAUGUCAAGGCUUUUGCCGUGGAAAUUGAUUGUAAGUAAUGCAUACAAGUCAAGUAAAAUGUAAAGUAAUCAA